AUGGGAAUAUUUUCAUCUAAAAAUUUAGAAGAAUGCCUACGGGAAGAAAAAAGAAACUUGAACAGAUCUAUAAGGGAAUUAGAAAGAGAAAUAUUUAAAUUAGAAAAUGAAAAAAAACAAAUUGAAAAAAAUAUUAAAAUAUAUGCUAAAAAAAAUGAUAUUACUUUAGUUCGUACAUUAGCAAAAGAUUUAGUUAAAAUCAAACAAACUGUUUCAAAAUAUAGUAAAAUUAAAUCUCAUUUAUUCUCAAUGAAAAUAAAAUUACAAAGUGUAAAAUCUUCUGAACAAUUAAGUAAAAGUGUAAAAGAUAUAAACAAAUUAAUUAAAAGAGUUAAUAGUUAUCUUAAAUUGAAGGAUAUUAAUACAUCUAUAAAUGAAUUUCAAAAACAAAAUAAUGAAGUAUCACUAAAAGAAGACAUGCUUGAUGAUUUAUUUGAUACAUUAAAUUAUGAUAUUGAUAUGAUAGAAGAAGAAGAUGAAAUUGUUGCGAAAGUUUUAGAUGAAUUAGGAAUACAAAUAAAUUCUAAGUUAGUGGAAAUUCCAGCGGUUAAUACAGUUCAAAAUGAAAAAAAUGAAGAUAUAAAUAUUUCCAAUUUAGAAGAAAGAAUUAAUAAUUUAAAAAAAACAUAA